AUGAAUGCGACUUUACUGUGCUUGAAAGUCUCUGUACAAAGUGCUCUGUCAGCCCGAAUUCUGACUAGAAUCCAAUUACAACUUUUUGAUGCAAUUCUCAUACAAGACAUCCAAACUUUUGACGAAAUUAGGGUUGGUGACCUCUUGGAGAGAAUGAGCACCGACGCUUUGAUUGUGAAGGAUGCCAUGGCGCGCUCGGUCAUCAACUUUUUAGAGGGACUAAUCAAGUUAUCUGUCGCUCUUGGAUUUAUGACAUGGGCCAGUCCUAUCCUAACUGGUAUAUUGCUGACUUGCCUGCCAAUAUUGGUCCUCAUCUCUGUACCUAUGUCUAGGGCACUGAAGUCAGUCGCUCGGCAAUUGAGUGAGGCGAAAGCAGCAGGCACGAGUAUAGCGCAGGAAAUGAUAUCUUCUGUGCGCACGGUUCGUGCCUUUGCCUCUGAAAGUCUGGCCCGCAAGCUCAUCUCGAAUUUCCUUACUGUCAUUCGGCUGUCGUGUUUUCAAGGCAUGCUCGCGGGUCUUUUUAUUUGUGUGCUGAUGCUCACCGUCUUUGGGGUUCUCAGUAUAACAAUUUGGCUGGGUUUCUUGGCUGUACUCGACGAUCAGCUGGACCCUGGUGUUUUGUUGAGCUUCUUCUUGUAUGCUUCUUUUGCGGUCGGAUGCACCAUGGGCUUACUAGCAGCCACCGCUUCUUUAAUGAGUUCGCUUGGAGCCGUAUUGCGCAUCACUGCGAUUCUAGAUCAAGAACCUGUGAUACCUAUCUGUGAUAUGAAUGCAUUACGGCCAAGUACAAUCAAAGGCCGCAUUGAGUUUAAAAGUGUCCACUUUGCCUAUCCAUCAAGGCCACUGGUCCCUAUAUUGCGCAACUUUAGCCUAUUGAUACCCGCAAACAAAGCAACAGCGCUAGUAGGCAUGAGCGGGGGUGGGAAAUCUACAGUGUUAUCUGUCUUGGAGCGCUUCUAUGACGUUGCUGGCGGGCAGGUCGUCCUAGAUUAUCACGACAUUACCACCUUAGAUCCAUGUUGGCUGCGGCAGCGCAUUGCCUACGUGCAGCAGGAACCAGUCCUCUUCUCUUGUUCAAUCGCUGAGAACAUUAACUUUUCCCGCCGUGCGCAAUCUUCACGUGACAAAUCGACCAGGCGUAACUCUGUUGCAAGUACUCUCACCAACACUGAUAUGGUGAAGGCCGCAAAGGAAGCGAAUGCAUUUAAAUUUAUUGAAAAUAUGAGCGAUGGAUUUGAGACCGAAGUCGGUGAGCGUGGCAUGCUGUUGAGCGGAGGUCAAAAGCAGCGCAUUGCAAUCGCGCGCGCCAUUGUAUCCAACCCGCGAAUUUUGCUCUUAGACGAAGCGACGUCCGCGCUGGACUCGGAGUCAGAAGCCCUUGUACAGCAGGCGUUAGAUCGAUUGAUGAUUUCCCGCACCGUGGUUGCCAUCGCCCAUCGCUUGAAAACAAUUGUCAACAUGGACCAAAUAUCAUUGCUCUCACGAGGCGAGGUGGUAGACUCGGGAUCUCACGCUGACCUAUUGCAGCGCUGUGCUGCAUAUCAGCAGCUUGUGCGUGCCUCGACUCACUAA